GUUCAAAUUAAAAUUUUCAUUUUAUUACGGUAAACAUAAACUUCUUCAACAACAAUCAUCUAAACUUGAAGCAACAGAAGAUAUUCCGCCAAGUUCAUCUUCUGAUUCAAUCGAUAAUAACAACAAUCAUAAAGAUCGACGAGACAGGCGUUCACCAAGUAUAAAUGUGAUCCUGGUGAAUCGAGAAAUCAUUUUCCAAUUACACAAGAAACACUUCAAGAAUACUUUGAUUCAAAAAGGAAAGCAUCAAUAG